UUCAACCUGUACGGCACGCAUCUGAGCGGAGCCACGUACUCCACCUGAUGGAUGGGACGGACGUCCUUGCCGCUGCCAGCUCUAUAAAUCCCCUUGCAGCCUAGCUCAGAACCCUAGCUUCUUUCCCUCCCGCCGCCGCUCUCUGCCUCCUCUCUUUUCUUUGUUGUCUCCCUCGCUUCGCGAGCUCGCCACGCACACCGGUAUCUCCGCUCCGUCUGGGAUGGCCGCGACACCGUCGGCAAGCACAGCUUCGUCGAGCUGCGCCUUCGUCUCUGCCGUGUUCUACUCCGACCAGCACCGGUUCCCGCUUCCUCGCUCACGUCCUCCUUUUCCCUGCGCACGUUCUUCUCCGUCAACACCACGCAGCAGCAUGCACGUCUUCGUCCCCGCCCAUGCGCGCACACCGUCCGGCCUCCGCUGCUCGUUCCCGUCGCUGCUCGCGGCCGCGCGCCGUCAAGGUCGUCUCCGACAUACACGAACCCGUCGACAAGAACUGCGUCCUCGUCCGUGUCCUCCACCUCCCCGAGCUCUUCUUUGGCCUCCACCGCGCCUUGCCGUCUCCGACGUCCAGCAGCCAAGAAGGACUGCGCGUGCUGCAGCUCAUGGCCGGCACAUGCACGCGUGCGCCGACCUCCUCUUUGUCCUCGUCUUCUUCACGGAGCAGGCAGCACCAAGGCCAGCUCGCCAAGAUCUCCAUCUGCACGUCGUCGACUACCCCGGCCACCUUUCUUCUCCAACGCCGGCAGCUCCACUGCCUCCCUUCCCUCGUCGACGAGCACCACCAGGCAUUUGCUUCUUCUCGGAUAGGAUCACGAAGUGGUGUGGUGAGAUACGACAAGUUCUCCGGAUGUCCCUCGACAAGCUUUAACAGGCAAGCAUU